AUGCGUCCAAGUCAGGCUUCUAACGCAUCCCUAGGUGUGACCAUCUUCGACGAGCCAGAACAUAUCCCCGAGCCUAAUAUCAAGGUCUUCGCGGAUGGCCAGGAUGACGGUGUCGGCUCCUCCCCCACGCUCGUUGCCUCGCACAGCCCCAAACUUCACCGCGCCAGUAUUUCAGGAAAGAAGAUGACCGGCCGACCCGCCCUGCAUCAUUCAAAUUCAAAUUCAAAUUCAUCUCACAUCUCCUCUGCUGGCGCUCCCCUUAACAAACCUAUGUCGUACCUCAGCCUCGACGACAAUAACCCCCCUGACUCAUCGUGGUCAGGGGGUCCAGGCACCACAACUCCUGGAACGACGGCAGAGAGUAAAACUCCUGAUCUCCGCAAUAUCCUUGCCCAGGUAGCCGACUGGCUUCAAGAUGAGAAGGCCAAACGACAGAAGCAGAGGCACCAUCGGCAUCACCCUCAUCGCAGCAAGCAGCCGAGGACCCCCGACGAUCAGACCGACGACCCCAAACCAAACGAUGCCCUGCUUGACAACGAACAAGAUAUGUCGCUUGAAAGGCUCGAAAACAUCCUGCAGAAUUUCUCUUUCAACAAUAACUCGAAGCUUCUACACAAGUCUUCGAGCUCGCUCCUGAGAAGAGGAUCCUUAGGCAAGAGAUACAAGCAGCCCCGCUCCAUGCCGGCUUCAUCAGACACAGAGUUCUUCGGCGACGAUAUAUUAGUCCCAAACGUCGAGGCGAAGCUGGACAACUCCAAAACCAUGGCUUUUGCUGGCGGAUCGGCAGAUGUGGAUACCAGCGAUAGUGCGAGGAGGCAGGAUUAUGAUCACUGGGUGACCUUCAAGAAGGACAUUGUCCGGUUGACGCACACGCUUAAACUGAAGGGCUGGCGCCGCAUCCCUAUCGAUCGCGCUGCCGAUAUCGACGUUGCCCGUCUGAGCGGCGCCCUUACCAACGCUGUCUACGUCGUCCAUCCUCCCAAAAAUAUGUCCGAAUACGACGCCCACAAUCCUUCUGACCCAUCUGCGCCGCCCGUCCCCAUUUCUCGGCGUCGUCCUACUUCUCUUCUCCUGCGCAUUUACGGUCCGCAAGUUGAACAUCUCAUCGAUCGAGAGGCCGAAUUGGGCAUUCUUCGCCGCCUGGCUCGGAAAAGCAUCGGACCUCGUCUCCUGGGAUCCUUCGAGAACGGGCGUUUCGAAGAAUUUCUCCAUGCCAAGACCCUCACGGCGGAGGAUCUGCGUAUUCCUGAGACAUCUAAACAGAUCGCGAAACGAAUGCGCGAGCUUCAUGAAGGGAUCGAACUGCUCGAAUCUGAACUUGACGCCGGUCCGGCGGUUUUUGUGAACUGGGACAAAUGGGUCGAUCGGUGCGAGAAGGUGAUUACUUGGCUUGAUAAUCAGGUUCAUCAGGCCGAGAGGGAGCUCACGGACGGCACGACAAGGCGCAAGUCAACAGUCAAUGCCCGCUACGUCCGCCGCGGGUUGAUCUGCGGCGUCGAAUGGCCUGUCUUCCGCAGGGCCUAUGACGCAUAUCGGAAACGCCUGAUCGCAGACAGUGGUGGCCGCGAAGGAAUCCGCAAGCUGCUCGUCUUCGCACACAAUGACACCCAGUACGGGAACCUCAUGCGCCUCCAACCCUCCGGCACCUCGCCCCUCCUCCAACCGUCGAAUCAGCACAAGCAGCUCGUCGUCAUCGACUUCGAGUAUGCAGCGCAGAACACCGUAGGGUUAGAGUUCGCAAACCAUUUCACCGAGUGGUGUUACAACUAUCACAACCCCCCCGACAAGAACUUUCAAUGUGACACGCGACGGUAUCCGGAUGAGCGGGAGCAAUACAGAUUCGUGAGGAGUUAUGUCAUGCAUAGACCGCAGUUCAACCCCGCGGCGAGUGCGACACCCAAGAUGGAAGGUCGGGAGAAGACCAAUAUCAGUGAUUUCAUGCUGGAUGCGCGUACCCCUGGAGGCGGGACCCCCAAUCCCUGGGGGGGAAGCGGAGGAUUGGACGGAGGAGUUGAGGCCAAUUACGACAGAGAGGAGAGCGAAAGAGAAAAGGCCCAGGAGGAGGAAAUCCAAAGGUUGUUGCAGCAAACGAGGGUGUGGAGGAUGGCAAAUUCGGCGCAGUGGGUCGCGUGGGGAAUUGUGCAGGCCAAGGUACCAGAGCUGGAUGCAUUGGAGGAAAAGGCAAAAGAAGACAAGAUGGCGGAGAAGACGAAGAGCAAACGGAGAAAGAGCGUGACAGAGAUGGUGUCUGCGGGAGAAAAGAAGAUCGUCGACAAGGUGAAAAGCUUGGUGGGCAAGGAUGGCGUCGGAAAAUAUCAUCAAGAUGACCAUUCGAAUCCAAUGUCGGACCCCCUGACUGGAGAGGAGAAACGAAUGCAGGUGGAGAGUCACUGGGACCGACCCGAAGGGAGAGCACAAGAGGAAGCACACCACGAAGGCAAUGGAGACAUUGCGGUGAGCCACCGACCGGACGCCAGUAACAACAAUUUCAGUCCCUGUGACACCAUCCAUGAGCACGCCGAAACACAUAGCAAUCUUGAACCGGCGAUCACAACUAACGGUGACAGGGAACGUUCUCGCUCACAACUUCCGGCUCGACCUCAGAUCGACUCCGACCAUAACGCCGACACAGAGAUGACACAAGUCGAGGGACAGCCUCGCCCAGAUAGCCGCCCGAGCUCUCCCUCCGACCACGGUGACGAACCCGAGGACGAAUUCGACUACCUCGCCUACGCACAGGAACGGGCCAUGUUUUUCUGGGGCGACUGCCUUCAAAUGGGCUUGGUCGAGGAGGAUGAGUUACCCGUGGACCUCAAGCGGAGGGUCAAGCUUGUGUCGUAUUGA